AUGGCCCCGGAGUGCUUCGGCUCGGGUAACCCCACACCCGUGCCCAUGUCCUCGAGGAAUCAGUGCCCAGCUUUGCCCAGCUGGCCCCUUCGGGGCCUUAUGGGAGAAUUAGCUCCAAAAAUUAACAAACCCCUCCCGGGCCCCAACAAGGCUCCCCCAAAAAGCUACGCCAUCACCAGUGAAGUUUUGCAACCUCUGAAGAAAGGGCCCCUCUUCACCGCCCCUCCACCGCCUUACUCUGCAUCAGGUACAAGGCCCCAAACGUGCUCGCCCAGACGGCCACAUACGGGGGCCCCCCGCUGCACCGUGCUGCCCACCCCCAAUACAGCCUCCAUGCCCCUUUUAGCGCACAAAUCCCCCGGGGGACACCCAACAGUCUCUUUGGUGCGUCUGGAAGUCGAAGGGGCCAACAAUCAGGCCGCACUAGGGUUUUCUCACCCCCGUGUCCAUGUCAGGGGACUGCACUCGGAUGCUGACCAUCCCUACCACAGUCCUUGCAGCACUGCUGAAGGAUCAAAUCCGCCGGUUGAGGGAUGUUCUCCGCUCCCUCCGACAGACCUCUGUGCCCUUCCUUACCCAGCCCCAACAAAACCUUUGGAAAAAUUCGGGCUCCCUUUCCUCAAUGCUACCUUCUCCAAUUUAGCCUUCCGCCCCCGGGGGCAGACGGGGCUACACUGGCCCUAG